GCCGUGGCGUGCCUGCAGGCAAAUAACAUGGAGUCGAGUGUGUGGUCUCUGCAAGCGGGUUCAUGAAAAAAAUGUAGCACCGAUGUGACAAAAAUAUAGCAACACACUCUACGUGCAUUCAUGGACUGAGGAUAUUCGUAGCUUUGUUCCAUAUAAAGCAUGGAGAACGGUGCGUAAACAACUCCUUUCCUCAGACCACAAGCCAGGCCGUUUUCCUGGAAGAGAACACCACACACAAUGUAGACUGUAGUGGUCAGCAGUGGAACACCAUACUGUGCUCUGGGGACCAUGGAGCUAGAGGGGGAUUCUCUGUCCCCCAGGGAUUCCUUCACCUCAGUGAGCAGCUAUGGGCCACCACCCUCAUUCUCAGCACAGGACACCGUAACCCACAACUUCAUAAAUCAGACCUUACAGGUUUCAGAUGAGCUCAUCUUCAGUGGGAGCCCAUGGUCCAGUGGUGGCAAUGGGGAUUUUGAGAGGACCGGAGGCCCCCUAUCCCAGGUGGAAUCAGGGAGGAGUGCACAGAGGAGCAUCAGGCCCUCAGCCUUUCCCUCCUCCCUGACCUGGGACUCUGACUCUGAGAAAGAGACACUAGACGAGGAGGAGCUACAGCAUUUUUCUAACCCUCACGGUCUGGCCGCUCACAGCCCAGGAUCCCUCUCCUCUGGACACAGACCUGACAGUGAGGAUGACCAAGCACCUGAACUACUGCCGCACUUACCCACUGAGACAAACCUACUCAGCCCUGUGGAGGAGCGGGACCAAGACAAGCCUAACACACAGAGAGAGGAGCCAAAGAAGGCUCAAUCCAGUUCAAAAGAAUUGGUAGAUGACAGUGUCUGGGAUAUAUCGGAGAAAGCUGAAGUGUUUCAGUCCAAAGUGACAUCAAAGGAGGGGUGCAAAAUUGAGGAGGAGGGAGAGGAAGAGGACCUGACAGGGAAGGACAAGGAGCCUGAGCGGGAUGUGUACACCUUUCCUGGGGACUCAGACACAGAGAGCCCCCCACCAGCACCCUGGGCACACUGCACCUUCAUCCAGCGUCGGAAGAAGAAGAGGGCACUGCUCAGGCCCUUCUCUGGCCAGGGCUCCUGGGAACGCACAUCAACAGGAGCUGGUAAGAAGGCAAGGGGUGCUUCCUCAAGAGCAAAGAGCUUGGUGCCAGUGAAGGUGAGUGGAGGGGCUUAUGACUUUAAGGAGGACUUGGAAAAGGCAACAGAGGAACUGGAGAAGGUAGAAGAGGAAAAGGGUGGUGAAGAAGAAGAAGGAGGAGAGGGAGAGCUUAGUGAAGAGAUUUUCACCUGUGUGGAAUGCAGCAUUUACUUCAAGAAGCAGGUCUACCUGCAGGAUCACAUGCAAGAGCACAGUCAUAGCAGGCCAGGGACUGGCAGGAGGGAGCGCGGAGUGAAGGGCGCACGAUUUCGGUGCGUGGAGUGUGGAUGGAACCUGUCAAACAGGCUGGCUCUGGCGGACCACAACAGACGACACCAGGAGUCUCGUCAAAAGAUCCUGGAGGAGAUUGGGAAGCUGAGUGACAGUGGGAAAGGAGAGACUACGCAAGGUGAACCGAGCAAGGUGACCAAACCUGCAAGCCCAAUCCUAGAACCAUUUGUAGCUCUAGUCACGACUCCAGCUCUAGACCCAUUCACAGAGCCAGAUCCAGUUCCAGUCCGGGCCCCAGUCAAAGCUCGAGCCAAAACUCCAGUCAAAGCAAAGGUCAAAGGCCCAGCCAAUCGUCGCUAUCUCUGCCUCAAGUGUGACUUCAGUACACGCACCUCACAGGCAUUGGCCAACCACGCCAAGACCCACAACAGAAAACCUACUGGUCUGCAGCGAGCCUCUCCGCGCUUUCAGCCAAAGCUCACUCCUAUGGAGCCGCCUGUGUCACCUGGAUCUGCCUCUGGCCUGACCUCCAUCUCUCUCACUUGUGAUCAGUGUGCCUUCCAGGCCUCCAGUCAAACUGCCCUGAAGGAGCACCAACACGUGGCUCACCCCGCGCAGACCUCCAUCUGUGGGGAAGGGCCUGAAGAGAUGAACCGUCCAGGGUCCAGAAUUGAUGCUUCCUCUCCACCAUGUUCUGAUACGCUUUCUAAGCCUGUCUCUCCACCAGAGGGCCAAAGCCAAUCAAAGGCCAGUAAGUCUUCUUCCUCUAGUUGGAUCUCUGCUAUGGAGGACAGUGACACACUGCCCCAACCAUCAAACACUGCUACAGCUCCCCAGCGUAGAGAGUUAGCUUUUAAGACCAUCGGGAACAAGAGGGCAAAUCGGAGAGGGAAGGUGGGGACAGAACUCCUCUGGCCAAAUCCCAGACUGGACAGUGGGCCUCCUGAGACCGAUGAUGCACAAAGCCAGGGCCAGAGCCCUGACCUGGCAACCGAUAUGAACCAAAAAGAGACUGAAUCACUUGUUGGAUCCAAACCGCUCACCAGGGCUCGAUCCCUCCGAGAUGACUCCUCUCUAAAACAACAGAGCCUCACAGCCUCAUGCUCUACAGAAAGGAAGCCCGUGAAGGAAGAGGAAGUGGACGGGGAGCCAAAGGUUGCUUUUAAAAAGAAGAGUAACAAGGUUUUUUCUGAUGAAAAUGACGAUGAUGAUGACAACGAUGAUCAUGACGAAGAAGAGGAAGAGGAAAAUAUCCGGCGUUUCCUAGCGGAGGGCAUAUCAGAUGAGGAUUAUGAGGAGAUUGAUGAGGAGACGGGGACCCUGAAGAGCGUGGAGAGGAAAUGCCCCUACUGCCCUGAUCGCUUCCACAAUGGCAUCGGGCUGGCCAAUCACGUCAGGGGCCACCUCAACCGAGUUGGCGUCAGCUACAAUGUGCGCCACUUCAUAUCCCCCGAGGAGGUCAAUGCCAUUGAGAAGAAGUUCUCCUACCAGAAGAAGAAGAAAAAGGUUGCCAACUUUGACCCGGAUACGUUCAGUGUGAUGCGCUGUGAGUUCUGCAAUGCUGGCUUUGACACCCGGGCUGGCCUGUCCAGCCACGCCAGGGCGCACCUGCGAGACUUUGGGAUUACUAACUGGGAGGUGACUGUCUCGCCCAUCCAUAUCCUCCGGCAGCUCUUCUCCAGCCGCCCAGACCUGGUCCUCCCCACAGCCCCCCCACGCAGCCCAGCCUCAGACGAGGAGGAGGAAGACCUGGAGACGGAGGAGGAAGAACCAGGGGGAGGGGAGGGGAGUGAAGAGGCAACAGGUGCUACAGUCUCCAUCCUACUGCCAUCGUCGCCUUCUCAGCCUUGGGAGAAAGACCACAGCGUUGGUGAGCCUGAAGGCGGGGAGGAGGAAGAGCAGAUGCCAGCACUGGACAGCUUGACCUCCAGCCCAGGGAGGAAGGGUCUGUUUUCCCUGGACCCAGAGAGCCCCUCCCCGAGGGAUGAAGCUGACAUCAAAGUGUCCAACCUGUUAAAGUGUGAGGUGUGCAGUGCCCCCUUCGAGACGAGGCGGGGCCUAUCUAGUCACGCCCGUUCCCACCUGCGCCAGCUGGGCAUCGGCAUGUCAGAGAGUAGCGGGGCACCCAUCGACCUCCUCUACCAGAUCACCAAGGAGCGUGUUCUGGAUGGGCACUUCCCCCCUCCCCUCCCCCGCCCCCCCGUCGCCAAGAAGCCCCUUCACGUCCUGCCAACACCACGGAAAGAAGAGAGAUAUCAAGACACCGACAUGGACGAGACACCCAUCCCUCUCUCCAUCCCCUCCCCUGUGGCCUCCCCUCCCCCCUCACUCAUCAGGGCCUGCUCCCCUUCUCCUGUGGUGAGGAAGGCCCCCAUCUCCUCCCUGCUGCCUGUGUCCUCCCCCUGCGCUGUCUGGACCAUAAGCCUGGAGGGGUGAAGAGCACCACCUCUAACCUCUCUGCCAAACCCUUCUGGGCUCCACAGGAGACUGAUGCCCCACUCAACCUCACAUUGGAGGUAGACCCCAACAAGGACAUAGUGUGCCAGCUGUGUGGCGCCUGGUUCGAGACGCGGAAGGGCCUGUCCAGCCAUGCCCGAG